AUGGAAGCUCAUGGAGGGGAAAGUUUUUUAUAUAAUGAUGAUUUACUUAAAGAAUUACCUUCAAUAAAAAAGUACGCUAGUUUCAAUAAUGGUUAUGUGGAUUGUAAACAUGCUAAUUUUUACGAAUAUGUGAAUAUUCCUCUACAAAAUGAGGAGUGGCAGAAAGAUGUUUCUAACGAAAUACAUAAGGCCUUAUGUUAUAUAUAUAAUAAAAAGGAAACGGCGAACUUUAAUAAUGAAGAUUGUGAUUACCUAUACUUUUGGUUAAAUGAUAUAAUAUAUAAUAAUAUAAAAUUUCAAUUACAUUCUACAAGUGUUAUAACAGUACUUAAGUUUUUAUUGCAAAAUAAUGAUGGUCAGAAUAUAUGUUUGUAUGAUGAAUAUAAUAUCAAUAAAGAUAAUUAUAGGGAUAUUAAGCUGUUAUUUGAUUUUUCGAAGGAUUAUGAUACGCUUAAAAAUUAUUUUAGUAAUGGUUAUAGGUUUUGUAACAGCGAUUUUCAGAAAUAUGUAAAUCAAUAUAUCAUAAAAUAUAACCAGAUCAAAGGCAUGUGUAAUGAUCCAAACAGUAUGGAUGCGAUUUGUAUUGCUUUUAAAAAAUUCUUUGAUGGUAAGGAAAUUGUGGACUUACGUGAAUGGAAAUGCAAUUUAGGAGUAAAUACAGAUAGAUUGACAUCCAUAGAAGGAAAUCAUGAAAAUAUGGAAGAACUUAGUGAACCUGAUGUAGUUCAUUAUGGAGAGGAAAAGGAAAAGUCACAAGAAGAAACUCUUCGAAUAGGAGUAGAUAACACUUUCACAGGCUCAAUUUCUACAACAUCUUAUGUCUCUAUUGGACAUUCAGCAUUGAGAUACAAUAUUGAUAAUCCAAACAAUUCUUCAGAAUUUACAGUUUCAAAAGCUAUGACCAUUGCACCAUUACUUAUAGGAAUUACAGUUUUUUCUAUUUUAUUUUAUAAGGUAAUUAUUAAUGUAAAUUAUAAAGAAAAUUUUACUCCAUUUGGUUAUUGGGUAAAAAAGGUCUUACUAGGAAAAUCUAAAAGGAAACCUAAUAUAAUAAUGGAUAGGAAUAUAAUAGAAAAUUAUACGAUUUCUGAAGAUU